AUGGUGAGCGGGGCGGCGACGGCAAGUGCUGUGAGGUCCUUGUUAGUUACUCUCAAUAACCUGGUCGAUGAGAUGAAUACUUUGGUUUCACUUCCAAAGGCUGACAAAACGUACGAGCAGCUGCUGGAGAUCACCUACGCAUGGAAGAAGCUUUGCGAGGAAACAAAGGAAGAUUUGGAGAAGGCGAAUGCCAGGAUCGUAGAAAUUACGGCUGAGACGAGAAAUCUCCUUAGAGAGCACAUCCGGUCAUUGCUGGAAUCGGCCGCAGGUGUGAAGCGACAUGACGAGAAUAUGAAGGCGUUGAAGAAGGAGAUUGAUGAACUGCGCCGGGAGCAAACCAGCAACAAGGAUGAUGAGGACGACGAGGAAGGCUUGGACGAGGAUGACGAGGACGUCGAGGAAGGCCUGGACGAGGAUGACGAGGACGACGAGGAAGUUGUGCACGAGGACGACGAGGACGAGGAGGAGGGAGAUGACGAGGACAACGAGGAGGCUGGUGACGAGGAAGACGAGGACGACGAGGAGUGGGGUGACGAGGAAGACGAGGUGGAGUUCUAUCUCGGUGAGUCGGCUUUGAUGGCGGAGCAGACCGCUAUCCUGGAGUCCAUCCAAGAUGAGGCAUAUGUGGAGUCCAACCGGCGCUUCCUCCGGGAAGAACAUGCGAAGACCGAUGUGCUCUUCGACGAGCUGGAUGCGGAGCAGGAGGCAGAGGCCAACGACGUCGAUGUCAGAAUGGAGAUAGUGGACAUCUCCGACGACGAGGAGUAG